AUGGCCAAGAAAGUGGAAUUGCGAGAACUGGGAUACCACUUCGCCCUUGAAGAUGCUAUUGGCUCUUCUAUGCUCCACGAAUUCACCUGCACCGACGGCAGCUGCAUCCCGAAGACCAAGCGCUGUGACCUCUCCCUCGACUGCCACGACAAGAGCGACGAGAGCGACUGCGACCGCGUCCUCAUCCCCGAGGGCUACUCCACCUCGCUCCCGCCGCCGAAGAUCAACCAGGAACCCGUGCCCUUCCGGUCCUCGGUCCUGAUCCGGACGAUACGCAGCAUAGACAUCGCGAACUUCAAGAUCUCCGUCGACCUCGCCUUCGUCCUGAUGUGGAGGGACACGAGGCUCCUCUACAGGAACCUCCAGGAGGAUCGGAGGUCGAAUAAACUCAACGACUGGAGGAGCAUCUGGGUCCCCUCGCUCAAGAUAACGGACAUGACGCAAGGCAGCGUCGAGGCUAACCCUUUUAACACGGCCGCCUUCGUGGUCAAGAUGGCGGAGCCCGUGCCAGAUGACGACAGCACUAUCUACGAAGAUUACAUGUACAGCGGAGCCGAAAACUACGUCCGUUUUCAGGAGGAAAUGACGGUGAAUUUUGCCUGUUCCUUUGACCUGGUCAUGUACCCGUUCGACCAACAGAAGUGCUACCUCGCCUUUGAAAUACACGAUUAUGACCUUUCUUUGGGGUACUUUGUACUGGAGGCCAACGAGUCCCGGUUUAUUGGGGACCGACACCUGAUGGAGUACGUCCUCGACGGCGAGAGGACCUUCGUGUACAACGACCACAACGCGAGUCACGUCGCUGUGGAGUUGAAAUUCCGAAAUCAGUUCCUGUAUUACGUCGGGAACGUCUUCAUUCCAAGCCUCAUGCUCACGAUCCUCUGCUACGUCACUCUCUUCUUCGACGAGGAUGACUUCAAUGAUCGCAUCAUGGUAUCCUUAACGUCCCUCCUCGUCCUGGUCACGCUCUUCUCGAACUCCGGCAAGUCGAUUCCCAAGACGGCCUACUUCAAGCAACAUCGACGAGCUGUGGUUCAAUGCUGGCGCUCGAGCCGGGGAGACUUCUUCAUCAUUCCUGAUUCCAUCAGUCUGAGCGAGAUCGAGGAGUGUCCGGAAAGCAAACGGGGGACGGAUACCCCUGCGAUCGAGAGGGCAGCAAAGGGGAUGCUUUGGAGCAGAGACGCCGAAGGAGCAAGCAAUGAGGGCGGACUAUCGCUGGGAGAAAUUCUAGGACUUAGAACCUGGGGACCCCAGGAAGUCGAAGAAGUCCUGGACGAUUUGGUUGAGCAAGAAGAGUUUAAAGUAGGCUUGAAGCUUUAG